AACUCCCCUUCCUCCUCUCGCUUUUAUUAGUUUAUAUAUACACACUCUCUUGUGCUUUCUUCCACUCAACAAUCUCAUUUUCUAGUUCCAGUUUAUGAAUCUCUAGUACUAGUACUCUAGGAUUUUCUGUCAAAGAAUCUACUGGGGUUUGGCCAAUUUCAGUUUUAUCAUCUGGGUUUCGGUUUAAAUUUGAAAAAGUUUCAACUUUCAAUCUUUAAACAGCAAUCUCAUAAUAAAGGGGUAUUUUGUCAGUGCUUGUUUUUUCCCUGAAUUGGAUGAAAACAGAAAGGUACAUAUAUAAAGUAGAUUUGGUGUGAAAUGGAUGGAACUCAGGGGGGUUCUGCUUCACCUGCGCCGUUUCUGGCAAAGACAUAUGAGCUGGUGGAUGACCGUGCAAACAGCGCCGUUGUUUCAUGGAGCCGCGGCGGCCGGAGUUUUGUGGUUUGGAAUCCGCCGGAAUUUGCCCGGGACUUGCUGCCCAAGUACUUUAAGCACAACAAUUUUUCCAGCUUCAUCCGACAGCUUAAUACUUAUGGCUUCAGAAAGAUUGAUGCUGAGCAGUGGGAGUUCGCGAACGAUGAGUUUAUAAGGGGGCAGACGCAUCUCCUGAAGAACAUUCAUCGCCGCAAGCCAAUCCACAGCCACUCUGCUCAACCAAAUUCCGGCGUUCCGUUGAGUGAACCGGAGAGACGGGAAUUCGAAGAGGAGAUAGAGAGGUUGAAGCAGGAGAACAGCUCGCUCCGGGUGGAGUUAGACCGGCGCGAGCAGGAGAAUCGCGAAUGCAGAUUUGAGUUUCAGUCAUUGGAUUCGAGAUUACAGAGCAUUGAUGAGCGGCAGCGCCAAGUUCUGGCCCUCGUAGCGCAGCUAUCUCUGAAACCUGAUCUUCUGCACCACCUUGAAGUUCAUAACAAGAAGCGGAAACCCUCCGUUUCUAAUGGCCAUUUGGAGCUGGUUAACAACCUGGAUUCCUCCAUAACUGUUUGCCAGAAAAUCCUCAACGGAAUUUCUAACGGAGAAGAAGCUUAUGGAAAUUUCGAGACGCUUCCACAAGCCCCCUCCGGAGAUUCCCGUUUCUCAUCACCUUCCACUCAAACUGAUACCCCUGAAAUUUCGUCUUUGCAUACCAAGCAUCCCGGCGCCGAUGGAAACGCUAAAGCUGCUUGGAAUUGUGCCGCCGUAGAUGUUGAUAGAUUGAAAGAUCGGUUAGAGGGAAGGAGCUCUACGGCGGCUGUGCCCGUCGUCGGAGGGAACGAUGUGUUCUGGCAACAGUUCCUGACGGAGGAAGUUGAGUCGGAGAGAAGAGAGAUUGGGAUCAGAAAUGGUAGAGAAUGUAUGAUUGUUUUUGCAGAACAAAUGGGGCAUUUCACUCCAGCAACUGGAAACUGAUCGAUGCGGCGGCUAUUUGAGUAUUUCCUUCAAAUCUUCAAAUUCUUGAUCGAUACACUAACCUUCUAUGUUUUUAUAGUGUAUGUACAUGUUGACAUGAUAGUGUAAUAUGUGAUUGAUCUA